AUGCUAAUAACCUUCUACUUGAAGGAUAGUGUACUACUUGACAACAAAGAGGUUGCAAGGAGGUUGAAGGUUCAAGCAACACGGACUACGGCAAGGACGCCUACAGGAGAGACACCGUUUCAACUAGCAUAUGGAAGCGAGGCAGUUAUCCCAAUUGAAGUGGGGCUCACAAGCUAUAAAGUGGGAAACUACGACGAGAGUAGAAAUGAUGAAGCUAUAUGCCUGCAACUUGAUUUGGUGGAUGAGGUCAGAGCAACAGUUGAACAAAGGUUAGCACGAUACGAAGACCUCAUGGCCAAAUGCUACAACUCCAAAGUUAGAUGCAGGGACUUCCAAGUUGGAGAUCUUGUCUUAAGAAAGGUGAUGGGUGCCAUAAAAGACACCUCCCAGGGGAAGCUAGGACCAAACUGGGAAGGACAAAAAGAUGCUUCAGUCUCGGGAAGCUACCACCAAACUGAGAAUGGCACGGGAGACAAAAAGAUGCUUCAGUCCGAGUGA